AUUGACAAUUUGGCUAUAUAAACGUUGUGUAGGCCUCAGUGGGUCAUGAGUUCUUACUGGAGUUUCGCAGAGCCAAAUUCAAACUAAGACUAGAUCCAAUUUCAGCUGCCUCAACAUGCAUAGAAUGUUGCUCUACACCUUGGUAAUCGUUGCCCUUGCUUUGGUUCAGGCCUGCCAAAUCCAUCAUAAUCUGACAUUUCCUGCUGCGUGCCAAGUUUCCGAUUGUUCUGGCCACCACCACCACCGCCUCACCUUUCCUAAUCGGAGUUUGACAUGGGAUCUGCCCACAUUAACCUCAGGCAAUCCGAUGUCUCCUCGGCCUGAACUUUGUUAUUACGGCAAACCUUUUACGCUGGGCCACUAG